GCCAGAUGUCAUAUUUCCGCUGUUAAAUCUAACCGUGAAAUUGAAUAACGACGAAUUUCUUGUAUCAAUGUACGAAUAUUAAUGAAUAUUGUUGUCUGCAAUCAAUGAGAAAUUUGUACGAGACUGGAUUAUGUAUUGUUUAAAAUAUCGUAGAAAAAAAUAUAUAAAUAGAUGUCGAUAAUACUUUGAUAUAUGGAAACAAUUUCAAAGGUAUACUCAAACAUGCAUUAUCAAUCUUAUGAUGGUGAAGAAUUUGAACCAAGAAUUAUACCAAAACCGGCAACAAAACUCGACUGCUUUGCAGUGCCAACUGUCCCAGAAGUAUCUUUAAUCUUUGAGAAACCAAUAGUACGAAAUCUGAAUGAUGGAUGCCACAAUUCAUCAUCAGUAAAAUCAUUAAAACCAACACAAGUCUUUGAUAAUAUUGACAUUAAUGUGGAACGCAUUAAUUCCGCAUCACCUAUUUCAUACAAUCCUAAUUCUUAUGCAGCAUGGAGAGAACAGAAUUAUACUCGAGAAGCUAAUUCUAGAAAUACAAUGCAUGUUUCACCAUUAUGUAAAAAUAUUCAUAGCUGUAAUCAUACAUUGCAAUCAGAUGCUUUUGUACAAAAUCAACAAGAGCAAGAUAAAAUUUGUGAUAUGCCAAAACAAGCGGUAAAUGUAAGGACCAAUGAUGGAAAAUAUGAGAAGUGUGUAAAAUUUACAUGUCCUGAUACAAGAAAUUCUUAUAGAGAUCUUGAUAGAGAGACCUCUUCAUCACCUACAAGCAGGAAUUUCUCUUGUAAUUCUGUACAAAAAGCAAACUUUAAUGUAUCUGAUCAUAGCACAGGAAUAUCUAACAAAGCUAUUCCAGGUACUUUGAAAGGAACUGAACAUUUACAAACGCCAUACCACACUGGAUAUCAGCAAUUUCAUGUAUCUAAUCACUCAAAUUGUAAUAUGGACAAUAAUGAAACAGUGAAAACUUUAUUACAAAUUGUAAACAGUCAGAGUGAACAGAUAAAAAAUUUACAAUUACAAAUAGAUAGACUGGUAAGAAUGCAGGAAGAAAGUCUUAGGAAUAAAUCAACAUGUUCUUGUUCAUCAACUCUUGCAAAUCAAGUAUUAAACUAUCCAUCAAUAAAUUGUUAUGACACUACCCUUAGUUCCUCUCUUGUACCAUCUCAAAACAAAGAUAUGAAGAAAAGUGAGGGUACACAGAAUACAUCUGCUAUUGAAAAGAAAGAUUUAAAAAUUUUUGGUGAAAAUAAUAAAUUGGAACAGCAAUCAAAGAAAACUUUUGUGGAACAAAAAGUUUCGAUUGGCGUUAUGACAAGUUUUGAAUUUACUGUACAAAAUAGUCCAUUUAUGAUAGAUCCUGAAAUAUAUGAGAAAAAAGAAGUUUGUAGAGAAAGUAACAAUAUUAAUAGAAGAAAUGCUGUAAAUAUGCCAGAUACAACAGAGCCUGUUAAAAGAUAUGCAUUUACGCGCAAAACUGGAGCAGCACAAUUGGAAAAUAUAGUUGAGGAUUCAGAAAGUCAUUUAUCCUCUAACCAACAGCAAAGUAGUAAUUUUAAUGUGAGUUCUUCCGUGAGAGAUUCAGAGAGACAUACUUUAAAGGAAUCAGAUGUAUAUAAUGCAGCUAAUACUUCAGAAUUUUCAAAAAUGUAUCAAUAUCCUACUACAUGCUUAAAUCAGAAAGAAAUGCAUAAAGGAAUUUACAUAGAGGAAGAUGAUAACACGAAUCAACAAAUGAAGGAUACAAGAAAAAUGUUUAAUGAGUCUCUAAAUGUAGAAUGUAGUCCUAAAAAUAUGAAUUAUAACAGAAGACUUGAGAAAAAUGAUUAUAUUACUAUAAACAAGGAAAAAAAUGCUGCUAACAUGAAUACUAAUAAACAUUUUGUGCACAAUACUCAUUUGUCUGUGACAGAUUACUAUCAGAAUCAUAGAAAUAAGAAACAUGAUACUAAUAUUAAACAAAUUAAUGAUGUAGGUGACAGUAUGAUACUCAGUGGAGGUGAUCUUAAAGUACUUGAAAGACCACCACCAACUCCUGAACCAAGUAUUCAUGUUGAGAUGCAAGAAUAUACAAGCGAUGACGAGAGUGAUAAAUUAAAACAUACUCCAAAAAUAGGCUGGACAUUCUACGACAAUGUUUUAGGACAAGUCAAUGAAAUUUUACAAAAUUCUAGUGUUAUGGAUAAAAAUAAAAAUGAGAGUAACACUAAGAUGGUUUGUAAAGGUGAGCAAGAAAAUGAUAUGGAACCUAGAACAGCAUUGAAUACUGUUAAAGCAGCCACUUUGGAACAACUUCGUAAACUUGGGAUCAGUUUAACUGACAAUGAAUAUAGAGAACCAAAUAGCAAUAAUAAAACGUUAGAUUUUGAUUCAUCUUUUUAUCCUCGCUUGGAUCGUCAAGCAAAUAUGAUACAUACUACUAGUGUUGUAAAUGAAACAAAUACAAGUAUGCACAUGAAAGCUUUAGCAUUAAAAUAUUUAAGCGAUGAGCAACUAGCCGAUAUAGCAAUGCAUAAACAAGAAUCGUCUUCAUUGAAGCAUCUCAUGGUCAGUAAUAUGCAAGGCACCAAUAUGUCGCUUGCUACAAUGCGUUAUUUAGAAAGAUAUAAAAUUUUGCCAGGCAAAAAUAACAUUGAAAUAGAAAAUACUGAUCAAACAUUUGAUGAAGUGGCACCUAAACAUGAUUUUAAACCAGUAGCUGGAAAAAAUAAUCCUACACUACGUCAAUUCCCUUUUGUACAAACACCUGGUACCACUUGUCCGAGCAGAAUAUUAGAUCUCUCGACUUUAAAAAGACAACCAAAAUUAUUAUAAAUUUAAAAUUAACAUAUAUUAACAUGUGAGCAAUAUAUUUAUUAUAAACGACAUUUUUAUAAAAAUUUU